AUGCCACCCUCAGACGGUAUCACCCAGCAUAUACCCUAUGAUCCCCUUGCCAUUCAGUGGGUUGCUACACGACCAGAGAGACCCCUCGAAAUAGUCGAGUACAAUCCGGAGUGGAAACCCCGGUUUCAGGACAUCUCGCAGAAGAUUCAGGACGCUCUAGGUCGUCAUGUUUUGUCAGUCGCCCAUGUUGGGUCUACCAGCGUCCCCGGCCUGCCUGCAAAGGAUGUGAUCGAUGUCGACGUCGUGGUCGCCGAUCCAACGGCCGAGGAGACGUAUGUUCCUGCCCUUGAAGCAGCGGGUUUCCAAUUCCUUCUGCGGGAACCCAGAUGGCACGAACACCGCUUAUUUAUUCUCGCGGAUCCUCAUGCCAAUAUCCACGUCUUUGGCCCCGAUAGCCCUGAGCUGGUUCGGCACCGACUCUUCCGCGAUUGGUUGUUGACCCAUGAAGACGAUCGAAACUUGUAUGUGGAUGCGAAACGCCGGGCAGCAGCGGAGAGUCACCGGGAGGGCGAGGGUGUUCAGCAAUAUAACGACCGCAAGGAACCGAUCAGAGCCAUGCGUGUUUACUUGCCUAGCACCCUGUGUCGUCCCGUGCUUUCCGGGUCUGUGUGUCUCAAUAGGACCUAUGGGUCUUGGACUCAAUUUCCUGUCUUGGUUAUCCUCCACCAGAGGCGGUUCAAUCCCUGGCCACUCUCCCAAUGCCGAAAUCGUGUGGAGGGAAAAUUUAUCCCCUGGCUGACUCUACUGUUCCUUCCCUUCCACCUGUCGCAGGACCCUGAGGCUGUUCAAGAGCCGAAACCAGUCUGCGCAGCAUCACGAGGACAGGCUAUCCUUCGGGCGCCACUUCUUGGCUGA